AUGAAAAUACUCGAAGAGAAAGCAAGGUCUAUUUAUAAUAAUAAUCAUAAAAAUAAUAAUAACAAUAUUUCAAAGGCAUUGUCAAAGGAGAUAAUAAGCCAGUAUUUCUACAUGCCAAUAACAAAGGCAGCCAAAGAACUGAACGUUGGGUUAACAUUGCUUAAGAAAAGGUGCAGAGAAUUGGGUAUCCAAAGAUGGCCUCAUAGGAAGCUUAUGAGCCUUCAAACUUUAAUUAAGAAUGUUCAGGAAAUGGAAAAAGGAGGAGAUAAAGAUGAAGGAAAGGUAAAAGAAGCAAUACAAACACUUGAACAAGAAAAGAAAUUAAUGGAAGAAAUGCCUGAUCUCCAACUCGAAACCCGAACCAAGAGACUUAGACAAGCUUGCUUUAAGGCUAAUUACAAGAAAAGAAAGCUUAUUAAUAAUAUUAAUUAUGAUAAUAAUAUUAAUACCUCACAAUCUUCUUCAUCUUCUUCGGCUACUACCACCAUUGACAACACUCAUGAGAUUAUUCAGGGUAAUAAUGGAUUUGCAGAUCAUUGUGUUAUUAGGGAUGUCAUGCCCUAUUCCUAUUUUGCCUCUUAA